GGGUUCUUCAGUCUCAACGAUGAAGCGGGUGAAUGCGGCGCGCGUCUUCUCCAGGCUCCUCGCCCAGAAUGCCCCAGCAGCUGAAUCCAGGGGGGCGCCAUCCGAUCUCUCCUCGUCUGGCGCCACGGCGCUGGCCGAUCGCGGCCCCUUUGCCUCGCGUCUCAAGAGCCGCGCCGUGCUGGGAUUCGAUGGCGACGACACAUUCAAGUUCCUGCAAGGCCUGGCAACCAACGACGUUCUCCAGCUCGAGGCCGACGAGCACUCCGCCAAGCUGGGAACGCCCACUCCCAAUCAGCCGGGCGUCGUCCAGCCCCCAAUCUACACUGGGAUUCUCAACCCCCAGGGGAGGUUCUUGUUUGAUAUGUUCCUCUACAAGCCUGUGCAGGAAUCCGAGAAGCUGGGCAAGGGUGGCGAUGCUCCAGGGGCUGGCAAGAGUGUUCCACAGCUCGUUGCCGAUGUGGAUGCUGCCAGUUUUGACGAUCUCAUCGCUUAUCUCAAAAGGUACAUUUUACGCUCCAAAGUCAAUAUCGAGGACCUUUCGAAGGAUCUCUGCGCCUGGCAACGCUUUGGCGGUGCUCUGGCAGGUUCUUCCACUUCCGAGACUGGCGCUGGCAACAUCGGCUGGGCUGGAGGCCGGGACUUGAGUGGGACAACCGCUGCGGAAGGAAAUGGAAAAGGCUGGCGAUGGUUUAAAGAUCCCAGGCUCGACGCGCUUGGAUUCCGUGGCGUCUUCUCCUCUGGCAUAACACCGCCUUUGGUCGAAGCUGAUCAAGAAGUUGACGAGGAGUAUUACCUUCUCUGGCGACUUGAGCAGGGAGUUCCCGAAGGCCCGGCUGAAAUUCCUGGAGGAGAAGCCAUUCCACUCGAGUACAACAUGGCCGCUCUCAACGCCAUCAGCUUUGAGAAAGGCUGCUACGUCGGACAGGAACUAAUAGCAAGGACGCAUUACCGAGGAGAAAUUCGCAAGAGGCUCAUGCCUGUAAACUUCGUUCUGGAAAACGGAGAAGAAAUGCGCGAGGGAGUGGCUCGUGGCACAGAGAUUAUGGAUGGAGAAACCGGGAAGAAAGUGGGGUCAGUGGUCACAGCUCUUGGCUCGCGAGGAUUGGCGAUGGUGAGACUGGAGGCGGCAGCUAAAGACAGACUGAAGCUCCAGAGCGUGGACGGUGGCGGCGGCGCUUUCGUGAAGCCCAUUCGGCCCAAAUGGUGGCCCAGUCAAUGGGGCACUGUUGACUAACCGGGCCACUGGUGAUAUGGCCAAGAGUUUAGCCAACAACAAAAUGAUGGGCAUAUCCCUGGGAAUAUCGCCUCUACAUUUUAGGGUUUAUAACAAUGAAUUUCAAGGAGCGAGAAAGAA